CAUGAUGUGCUUUCAGUCGCACAACAUCGCCAAUGUGAUUUUUCGGCAAUCCUUCCCUACUUUUCUUAAAAAAAAACGCAUGUCCCAGUCAUUGACGGUUUUUCAUUUCUUUCUGCGGGAAAAAAAAAACCACAUUCCUAAACGCAGUCCGCAUCCUCAUAGCUCGAGUACCACUUGAAACUAUACUUUUAUAUCUUCAUACCAGACUCCAGUGGGUAAGCAAAAUCUCCGCCGAAUAUCGGAAUCACCCAAUCUCGCUGGUCCACCACGAAGAUACGUAUAUGUAUAUGUACGGGUCCAGGCAGUCUCACACAUAGAAAUUCAAGCCGUUUUCCUAUGACUU